GGGGAGCGGCUGCCCGCGGCCGCCGCCAUGUGCGCGGCUCUGUCGGCCGGCCGGGGGCGGGCGGCGGCCCGGCGGCUCGGCGGCGCGGCCGGAGCGAGCCAGGCGUGCAGCACAGCCGGCAUCCCAAGGCGCAGCAGGAGGAGGAGGAACGUGGCCAUCGCCUACGAAACUGGGCAGGGGGACGGUGCCGAGCAGGGGCCGCCCGAGCCCCAGCGACCACAUUGGGAGCCAAGGGACUGGCGGCAGCAGCUGGAGCGGAUCCGGGAGAUGAGGAGGAACAGAGAUGCUCCCGUCGAUGAGAUGGGAGUGGAGAAGUGUUACGACAGCAGUGCACCUCCCCAGGUCAUGCGCUACCAGGUGCUGCUGUCGCUGAUGCUGUCCAGCCAGACCAAGGACCAGGUGACAUCAGCUGCCAUGCUGCGCCUGAGGCAGCGUGGCCUCACAGUCGACAGUGUCUUGCAGAUGGACGAUGCGACGCUGGGGCAGAUCAUUUACCCUGUAGGAUUCUGGAGGAACAAAGUGAAGUACAUAAAGCAGACGACAGCCAUCCUGAAGCAGAAAUAUGGGGGUGAUAUACCAAGAACUGUGGAGGAGCUGGUGCAGCUUCCAGGAGUUGGGCCCAAAAUGGCUCACUUGGCCAUGAACAUUGCCUGGGACAGCGUGUCUGGGAUAGCUGUGGACACCCAUGUGCACAGGAUCACUAACAGGCUGAAGUGGGUGAAGAAGGAGACCAGAUACCCCGAGGAAACUCGGGUAGCGCUGGAGGACUGGCUGCCCAGGGACCUCUGGAGAGAGAUAAACUGGCUCUUGGUGGGCUUUGGCCAGCAGACCUGCCUGCCUGUGAAUCCUCGCUGCAAUGAGUGCCUCAAUCAAGACAUUUGCCCCGCUGCUAAGAGACGCUGAGGGAUCAUCCGCUCUUUGUGGAGCAACAAAGCUGCUGCAGCUCAGCCGCAGCCUGGAGCUGAGCCCCAGUAAAGCUGUGCUCUGCACGGGGCUGGCUGUGUGACUGCAGGGAAACGGGAGACCGCUGCAGCCAGCUCAGCAUCUCUGGGGAGGGAGCAGCCGCUGGCAAGGACUGAGCUCUCGAGAGGAAAAAGGGUCUUUCAAAGUGCAGCAGUCCUGCUGCGUCAGUGCUGAAGGCUCCAGCCCCUGGGUGAAUGCCUGAGCAUGCCCCGGCUGAGCAGCCGGGGAGCGAUGCUUUGUCCUGGGGAACUUGCUGCUGCUUGUAAAUACACAUUUAAUAAAGGUGGUGGGAGUUCUUUUUUUCUA